GUCCGACCAGUUCACCUUGGUUCGCGGGGCGAAAAGUUUUUUGUCAUUUUUAAUCACUCCCUUCCGCACCGUUCCCCUCACACCAUGGCUGUAAAUCCGAGGCGCACGGUUAUAGGUAGAAUGUUAUCACAGUUUGCGCGAACGAUGCAAUGCAAGCCGUGAUAUAAUGCAUAUGCGUAUUAUGUGGCGGUCACCAAUAAACGCUAUCACGUCAAACGAUUCCCAUCUCGAAACUCGUCGCGUGCUGCGUUCUGUUAAAGUAUGCGCUUAAAUGUUUAAUGUGUUAAACGUCCACACGCGCAUAAGGACUGUAUGGAUUACACGUAUUACAACGGUACAAUACAACACAUAAUUACGUCGGAUCAUUAAUUAUUCCGAUGCACGAUUGGCGACUGCGGACAGUGAAUUAUUUUAUGGACCAGUGGAACGUGUUCAUUUUGAUCUAUUUCAAGAUAAUUAAUAACAAUUAAUGCAUACACAAAUGUGAUAUAAAAUAAUAUGUACAUUUUUGGACCAUGUAAUCUCUGAUACGUUGGCAGAUAUAUAAUAUUUCCAUGUACAGUUAAGAUGAAACCAAUCUUUUGGACGAGAACUUGAUUAUGCGUAUAACAAUAUUCAUAAAUUAUAAUUAACAUUUGCGAUUUAUGUAUCUUUGUUACAAUGGAUGUUUUUAAUAUAAAACGAACUACUCCAAAGUUAAAAGAAUCGAUGGCAAAUAGAAAACAGAAACAGGAUUCCGAAGAAGAAUCCGACUGUCCUGAUCUUGAAUAUAAUUAUGGAGAUACUGAUACACAUCUUUGUGAAAUGGCAGAGUUGUAUAGUUACUCUGAGUUGGAAGAUUAUCAAACCAAUAUUCAGGAAUUUGAAAAAAUAAUGUUAGCAUUGGACCUUAAACCAUCUUGGCAUAAUUUGAGUGUAGAAAAUAAAAACUUAGUUGCAUCUAGAUUACUUGAUUUGUUGGAAGUAUCAGAUAAGACAAAGCGGAUAAAUGCUGCAAGAUGUGUAUUAUAUUUGUUGCAAGGAUGUUGGGCUGAAUGUCAGUCAGACAAAGAUCAGCAGGCGAAUGCCAAAGAAAAUGUACUAUUUUUAUAUAAAUUUGGUGUUUAUAAUAUAUUUUUAAAUCUUUUGAACAUGGAAAUUGAAUCUGUACAGUUUCAUAGGAAAACUCAAAUUAAUUGUACUGACUCUACAAAUUUGAGAAUAAUUUUGAAUGUGUUAUAUACAUUUGUUGAAGUAUUAAGAGUAUCUGAAUUUGAACCAGGUGCUGAAUUUAAGGAAUUUAGAGAAAAUCUAUUAUUAGAAAUAGGAUUACCUUAUUCAGAAGACCAUAUAAUAGUAAAACUAUUGGGAAUGAUAACUAGAUUUUGUAGUGGAUUGGCAUCAUAUUAUCCAAUGAAAAAAGUUUUAUUAUUACUGUGGAAGUUGAUUCUAGUUUUACUUGGUGGAAUGGACACAUUGUCAAAUUUAAAAAAUGAAUAUCGAAAAAAUGUUGAUUUACCUGAACUACAAGAAGAUCCAAUUGAAAUAAUCAAAACAAUGAGAUCAUCUUCACCACCACCAAGUUCUACAGAUGUAAUAAAUGCACAAAAACGUGGCACCCGUCAAAAGAGGGGCUUAAUAAAACAAAGUUCAUUAGAUGAAUCACUUGUGGUCAUGGAUUUGUCAUACCAAAAUGAUGAAGACUUGCAAGAUUAUGAAGAUCAGCAGUUAGGAAUGGAUGAUAUUUCUAGUAUGAAAAAUAUUCAAGAAAUAAAUGAUUAUCGACCACAGACUCCACCUACCCCAUUAGUGAUAAAAGGCCUACCAUGGAUACCUAAAGUACGUCAUAAAGAUUUAGAUUUCUUUUUGAAUCUAACAAGAAUUAAAUUUCUUGGUUUAAAAUUGGAUAAUGAUAUCGAAACACUAAUUGGCCUACCUGAUCCAAUACAUGAGAGUGUGUCUAUUUUCAAACAAUAUAUGUAUACAUCUUUAGCUGACUAUCAAAUAAAAAAAGAAGAAAUAAUUCAAAGAAGCCCAUUAGUUAUGGGCGAAGAUGAUGUUAAACAGACUCCUGCAGAAGUUUUGUAUCAGGCAAUGCUACCAAAUUUACCUCAGCAUAUGAUUGCACUAUUGAAAAUAUUAUUAGCUGCUUCACCUACAUCAAAAGCUAAAAGUGAUUCAAUCAAUAUUGUUGCGGAUAUAUUACCAGUUGAUGUACCAAUGUCAUUUUCAGAAUCAGUUAAAUUAGAAACUGAUAUUAACAGACAAAAAGAAAUUGUAGUAAAAGCUAUUAGUGGUAUUUUACUUCUUCUCCUAAAACAUUUUAAAGCCAAUCACAUAUAUCAGUUUGAAUUCAUCUCUCAACAUCUUGUAUUUGCAAACUGCAUACCUCUCGUUAUAAAAUUUCUUAAUCAAAAUCUUGUUUCAUAUGUAUCAUCUAAGAAUACGAUUCCAAUAUUAGAUUUUCCAACAUGUGUUAUUGGCGAUGGUCCCGAUCUUUCGUUAGAUAACAUUGAGGUAGGAGAGUUUCCAUUAUGUUCCUGGAGAAAUGUUUAUUCUUGUAUCAAUUUACUGAGAGUUUUGAAUAAAAUAACAAAAUGGAAACACUCAAGAAUCAUGAUGUUGGUUAUAUUUAAGUCGGCUCCAAUAUUAAAAAAGUCAUUAAAAGUUCGACAUGCCAUGAUGCAACUUUAUAUUUUAAAACUAUUAAAAAUGCAAGCAAAAUACUUGGGUAGGGCAUGGCGCAAAUCCAAUAUGAAAACUAUGAGUACAAUAUAUCAAAAAGUUCGACAUAGGUUAAAUGAUGAUUGGGCAUAUGGAAAUGAUCUUGAAGCACGCCCAACAGACUUUCAAAUCGAAGAACGAUGUUUGAGAUCUGCAGUAGAUAAGUUCAAUGCCAGACGAUAUUCUCAACAAUAUGAUGAUGAAUUUACACCAAGUGAUUUCUCAAUUAAUAGUGCUUUGGGUAAGCCAUUUAAUUUAUCAAAUGAGUUUAAACAACAUUACCAGAUUUGGUUGGACCAAGAAGUGUUUCAAAACAAUAUUGAUUGGAAUGCAUUGCUCACUGAUUUUGAAAUUUAAACUUCAAAAAAUAUAUAAUUAUAACAUUUACUUAAGUUUGUAUAUGUAAAAGUAUUUAAAU